GUGAAACAUCCGUGCUGCUCUGGCGGAGCAGACUACACAGUGCACACACACAUACACAGACGGACCUGAGCCCCGGACCGCCGCGCACGACUCGAAGGUGCAAACAUGUCUUGGCUCUUUGGUUGGGGAAGAGGUAAAACACCUCAGCCCGAGGAGGAGACAUUUUCAGCACCCGAAGGAGGGUCUGGGGCCAGCGGUGGAGGAGGAGGCGACAAGCCCAGGGACAAGUGGAGUAACUUCGACCCUACUGGACUGGAAAGAGCUGCAAAGGCUGCUAAAGAACUCGACAGAUCCCGUCAUGCGAAAGACGCUUUGGGUUUGGCCCGCAUGCAAGAGCAAACCGUGCAAUUGGAGCAUCAAACUAAGAUAAAGGAAUAUGAGGCAGCAGUGGAACAGUUGAAGUCGGAGCAGAUCCGCACCCAAGGAGAGGAGAGGAGGAAGACACUAGGGGAGGAGACCAAACAGAACCAAGCGAGGGCACAGUAUCAAGAUAAGCUCGCCAGACAGAGAUAUGACGACCAGCUACGGCAACAGCAAGCUAUCAAUGAUGAGAGUCUUCGCAAACAGGAGGAGUCGGUCCAAAAGCAGGAGGCUAUGCGCAGAGCCACCAUCGAACAUGAGAUGGACCUGCGGCAUAAGAACGAGAUGAUGCGCGUGGAGGCCGAGGCCCAGGCACGGGCCAAGGUGGAGCGGGAGAACGCUGACAUCAUCCGCGAGCAGAUCCGACUCAAGGCAGCCGAGCACAGGCAGACCGUGCUGGAGUCCAUCAGAACUGCAGGUGUUGUAUUUGGAGAGGGAUUUCAAGCCUUCGUUACAGACUGGGAUAAAGUCACCGUUACGGUGGCAGGCUUGUCUCUGUUAGCGGUGGGCAUCUACACGGCGCGCAAUGCCACGGGGGUGGCAGCCCGCUACAUUGAGGCACGUCUAGGAAAGCCCUCGCUGGUCCGAGAGACUUCCAGGAUUAGUACUGGGGAGGCGAUAAAGCACCCACUCAAGACGACCAAGCGUAUGUUCAGCAAAGCCACAGAUGCCCUGGAAGGAGUUGUGCUGAGUCCUGCACUGGAGGAGCGAGUUCGUGACAUUGCCAUCGCUACACACAACACGCGCAAGAACAAAGGCCUCUACAGAAACAUCCUCAUGUACGGCCCCCCGGGAACUGGCAAAACACUCUUCGCCAAGAAACUUGCCGCGCAUUCCGGAAUGGACUACGCCAUCAUGACUGGCGGCGAUGUGGCGCCCAUGGGCAGAGAGGGAGUCACAGCCAUGCACAAAGUCUUUGAUUGGGCCGGCACGAGCAAGCGCGGCCUUCUGCUCUUCGUGGAUGAAGCAGAUGCCUUCCUGCGCAAGAGAUCAACUGAGAAAAUUAGUGAAGACCUACGAGCUACCCUUAACGCAUUCCUGUAUCGCACCGGGGAACAAAGCAACAAAUUUAUGCUGGUGCUGGCCAGUAACCAGCCGGAGCAGUUUGACUGGGCCAUAAACGAUCGCAUUGAUGAGAUUGUCAACUUCGCCCUUCCUGGGGUGGAGGAGAGGGAGAGGCUGGUGCGCCUCUACUUUGACAAAUACGUCCUGGGCCCUGCCUCCACCGGCCGACAGAGGAUGAAGCUGGCUCAGUUUGACUACGGGCAGAAGUGUACGGAUAUCGCCGCCUUGACGGAUGGCAUGUCAGGCCGUGAAAUAUCGAAACUCGGUGUCGCCUGGCAGGCGGCUGCGUACUCGUCGGCGGACGGCAUCCUGACAGAGGCCAUGAUUGAUGCACGGGUGGCGGACGCAGUCCAGCAACACAUGCAGAAGAUGGACUGGCUGCAUACUGAAGGAGGCGCUGAGAGCCUGGGCAAGAUUGGCAUCAUUUUGCCCAAGGAAGUGGACGGUGCCGGUCAGAUAGGCUUCACCACCGAGGCCCAGGACUCGGCUCCUGUCAUUCAGGAGAUCCUCCCCGUCAUGGAGGCGGUCAUGGCCCAGCAACAGGCCAUUUCUGACGUGAAGGAGGCCGAAGCCGUGGCCGUCGCACCUGAAGUCCUAGCCGCAGCGACGGCAGCGGCAGAAGCGGCAGUUGCCGCCGCUGCCGCCCCAGCAGCCGCUGAACCUCUGGUGCAGGAGGCCGAGGCUCCGGCCGUCAAGGAGGCCGAGGCUGCUGCAGCCAUUCCCAUCGUCCAAGAGGUAGACAUCACUGCAGAGGUCAAGGAAGUGGAGAGUGCUGCUGCUCCGGCUAAAGAAGAACCAGCCGUCACCGAAGCUGUUGCAGAUGCCGCAGCCAAGCCUGCAGAAGAAGCUGUCGCUGAGGUUGCCGCCAAAGAAGCAGAACCAGCAGCAGCAGCUGCUGAAGCUGAGGCUGUGACAGCAGCGGCGGCCGCAGAGCCAGCCGCUGCAGAAGCUGUUGUGGAGGCCACAGCUGCCGAAGCUGCAAAGGAGGUAGAAGCACCAGCAGAGCCAGUUGCUGAGGUAGCCAAAGAGGCUGAACCAGCUGCGGCUGAGGUUGCAACAGAGGCUGCUGCUCCAGCAGCUGAGGCCGCGGCUCCGGUCACUGAGGUCCCAAAAGAAGCAGAGCCAGCAGUGGCCGAGGCUGCACCCGAAGCCCCAGUGGCUGAGGUGGCAAAGGAAGCAGAGCCUGCCGUAGCUGAGGUUGCAACUGAGGCUGCAGCUCCAGUGGCUGAGGUUGCAACUGAGGCUGCAGCUCCGGUGGCUGAGGUUGCAACUGAGGCUGCAGCUCCAGUGGCUGAGGCUCCAGCUGUUGAAGCAGUUAAGGAAGCAGAGCCUGCACUAGCCGAGGCUGCACCAGAGGCUGGGGUUGCCAAAGAAGCAGAGGCUCCAGUGGCAGAGGCGGCAAAGGAAGCAGAGCCUGCCGUAGCUGAGGUUGCGGCUGAGGCUGCAGCUCCAGUGGCUGAGGUUGCCACCGAGGCUGCAGCUCCAGUGGCUGAGGUUGCGAAAGAAGCAGAGGUACCAGUGACCGAGGUCGCUAAAGAGGCUGAGGCUCCAGCCGUUGAGGCUGUGAAGGACGCUGAGGUUGCAAAGGAAGCAGAGCCUGCGGUGGCUGAGGCAGCAGCUGAGGCCGCAGCUCCAGUGGCGGAGGCUGCAACAGAAGCACCAGUGGCAGAGGUUGCAAAGGAAGGCGACGCACCAGUUGCUGAAGCUGCCAAAGAGGCUGAACCAGCAGUGGCUGAAGUUGCGACAGAGGCUGCCGCACCAGCAGCUGAGGCCGCGACUCCAGUCGCUGAGGUCCCAAAAGAAGCAGAGCCAGCAGUGGCCGAGGCCGUAAAAGAAGCAGAGGCUCCAGUAGUUGAAGCCGUUAAAGAAGCAGAACCUGCAGUGGCCGAUGCUGCACCAGAAGCCGCAGCUCCAGUGGCUGAGGCUGCAGCUCCAGUGGCUGAGGCUGCACCUGAGACCAUGGCUCCAGUAGCUGAGGCUGCUAAAGAGGCCGAAGCUCCAGUGGCUGAAGCAGUAAAGGAAAGUGAGCCGACAGCGGCUGAGAUCGCAAAAGAAGCGGAGGCAGCCAUAGCUGCAAUGUCACAGGAAGCUGCUGCCCCAGCUGCUGAAGCAGCCAAGGAGGCAGAGCCAGCAGUUGCUGAGGCCGCACCAGAGGCUUCAGCAGCAACUGCAGCGGAGCCUGCAAAGGAAGCUGCAGCUCCAGCGGCUGAGGCCCCCGCAAGUACAAAAGACACUGCCCCUGAGACGGAGCCGGAGGACAAACCCAAGCCCAAACCUAAAGGCAAGGGAUGCACAAUAUCAUAAAGACUCUAGAUACUUUGAUAUGUUGUAUGUGAUAAGUAGAAAGCCGUUAAUUUCACUGAAUUGUUAUUUCCAUCACAGAAGACAGGAUUAUGAAGAGGUUCAGAAUUGAAUGUCGUAUCCAAUAGCAUUACUUGAUGCUGGGUGCCUUGGAGGGUUGAUGGAAGAGUGUGUAAGUUGAGGUUUGGGGUCCAUGUGACUGGGGCGGUGAGUAGGGAUCAUGCCAAGUCAGCAAAUUAUAAGGAAGAGCCUUUUUGGCUCCAACACUUCAACAUAAACCAUUCAAAGUUGCACUGUAAUUUUAUGUAUAGGUAAUACGGCACUGAAUUAAACGGACCCUCCAAAACAAAACAAAAAAACCCCACUCAGUUCCUCUUGAAGCCUUUUGAAAGUUGACUUGGAAGAUGCCCACAGAAUGUCUCAUGGAUCCAAGCCCAUAGAACACACACAAUAGAAAAUGUAUGCAAAACUAUACAGCACUGUCAGAGUUUAUUCCAAGUUGCUUUUCUCUGUGGAAUGCUAAUGAACCACUUCAUCCGAUGGGCCGGUAGACACGCAACCGAGAGUGCCUUUAGAGGUUGAGCGAGCGUGACCUGCCUACAUAAUAACGAGAUGGGAUCCACCUUGGUCAGUUGACUAGUGCUCCAACCUCCUAAUGAACUCUCUCUCACUUCUCUCUCCUCACAGAUGUGUAAGCAGGAAAUUCAACCUGACAUGGUCUGAUAUAUACUGCCAGUAAGUGGGGAAAGAACUCAGAAAGUAUGUUUUCUUAUGCUGCUGAUAUCGAAGACCUGUUUCAACCCAUACGGGUGUUCCACAAACUCAGUUUUUUUGUAAUUGUGUGCCUUUUCAAUUGUUUAACUGAAUUCAAAAUCGACAGUCUUCUCAGCGUGUUCCUUGAGGUACUGUCUGUGUGGUUAUCCAAACUGGGUAACUAUCCGACUUAAGACUCAGUAAACAGGUUUUGCAUGUAAUUUUUCAAUUCCUGUGAAAUACACUGUACAUCAAAGUGAGAGCCAUGCUGAUAGUUGUUUUUUUUUCAUUCAUUGUCACCAUGUCAUGUCAAGACUGAUUUCACUAUUGAAUCCUUUUUGCACCAGAGAGAUUCUUGUGUGGAUCCUAUGUAUGGUUGAAUGGGGAUUUUCAUUGCCAGAUGUUGUAAUUCACUUUUGUUUGUUUUCAGAAAACAACUUGUGCCUCAUGUUAUUUGAUUAUUUUCUUCGGUAUGAUUUGUCUAAAUGGGUCUACUAUAAUGUAAUUGUUGUCUUUUUGGAAAAUAAAUAAAUGUGUGUUUCUGA